AGUUGCAUUUCCUAUUGUCCUUUGCACCAAUAAUAAAUAAAUUAUUAACAUUACUUUCACAAAUUAAAGCCUUUAUGUCACCGAAGAUAUUUAAUUGCAUGCAUUCACGCGCAUCUUCACUUGCUACUAUUGCCAAACAGCAUUAUCUUUCUUUCCUGUGCAUUGGAGCUUCGUCGUCUCCCCUGCAUCUGCAUGCUGUGGUGGAUCUGAGAUCUUUCGUUGAAGAUUAGCUGCUUCCUCUCAUUUCCGACGAGGUAUUCAUCUGUUCCUUAAUUCUCCCAUCUCUCUCUUUCUUAUAUUUUCUUUGGCAGUUGAAUCAAGAUAUGAGUUCGAAUGGUACCAACCUAGAUAGAAUAAAGAAAGAAAGAAAGAAAGAAAGAAUAUUGUUUGGAUUUUCCUCCUCCUUAAUCUCACACACACACACACACACACACACACACAUAUAUAGCAACCUCUUUGAAAUCUCAUUUCACAGGACGGGAGGAAUUUCAUUUUGAGAAACAUCAUGGAUUUUGUGGGGACGAUUCUCAGUUCUCUCAUAGAACCCGUGAUUAAUUAUGUCAAGCGCCAUGGGGCCUAUGUGAUUCGAUACAAGAGCAAGGUCCAGCUACUCGAACAAGAAAAUAAGAGGCUCGGUGAAAAAAAAGGAGACAAUCCAAGUAAUGGUGGAUACAGCCACAAACAGUGGGAAAGUCAUUAAAACUGAGGUCUCCACUUGGCUAAAGGACGCAGAAGACAUGGAAAGAGACAUCGCCAACAUCCUCCAUCCACAAGACAACAGAGAGUCCUUCAAGUGUUUUAAGUGCUGCAUGUGUCCCAACUUAAUGUGGCGUCACAAGAGGGGUCAGGAUGCUGACGACAGGAAGUCGAAGGUCACUGAACUGAUAAAUAGGGGUGUGCCGCUACAGACGUCACCAGUUGCACGCGAUGCACCUUUCCAAUGGGAGCCGCACUUUGAUUCUUCUCAGUAUUACACCACGUUUGACUCGAGAGCUUCAGUUUUUAAUAAAAUCAUGGACGCUUUGAAGGAUUCUGGGGUUGACAUGAUUGGGGUCCAUGGGCCUGGUGGUGCUGGGAAGACGACGAUGGUGAAAGAGGUUGCCAAAGAAGCUAAGGAUCUAGGAAUUUUUGAUAAGAUUGUGAUUGUAGUUGUGUCUAAAGAUCCAAACACCUCAAAACUUCAAGGAGAUCUUUUACUCCAAUUGGAUAUUAAUUAUAAACAAACAGGUGAAUUAGGAAGAGCAGAUGAGCUACGAAAGGCAUUGUUAAACGGGAAGAGAAAGAUACUGGUAAUAUUGGAUGACCUUUGGCAAAUGCUAGACUUGAAUGAAUUUGGAAUUCCUAUUUCAGGCCUUGGCGACAGAGGUUGCAAAAUUUUGCUAACCUCACGUAGAGAAGAGGUAUUCAAAGGGAUGGAGGUUCGUUUAUAUUUUCGCAUUGGGUACUUGGAGGAGCGAGAAGCAUGGGAGUUGUUUAAGAAGGUGACAGGAGAUUUUGGAGUCAAUGAAUCGAUAGCAAGAAAGGUGAACAAGAGAUGUGGAGGUCUGCCUCUUGCUAUAGUUGCAGUUGGAGCUACAUUAAAGGACGAGGAAGAGUUUGAGUGGUGCAAUGCACUUCAGCAAUUAGAGAAUUCCCCCCUAAAAUACAUUGAAGGAAUUGAUCGAGCGAAUUAUACCCCCUUGAAGUUGAGCUAUGAUUUUCUAAAAGAAAAGGAUGCAAAGUCGUGCUUCUUGCUCUGCUGUUUGUUCCCCGAAGAUGCUGACAUUUCUAUUGAUGACUUGGUUAAAUAUAGCUUUGCCUUGGGGUUCCUUAGAAAGGUGGAUACGCUGAAAGCUGCAAGAUAUAGAGUACAAGCCUUGGUUAAAAUGCUGAGAAGGUCUUGCUUGUUGCUAAAUGGAAAAAACGAGAAUUUUGUUAAAAUGCAUGAUGUUAUUCGUGACCUUGCAAUUUCUCUCACAGAGGAGAAGCAAACUGAACACGGCAGUGGUCCUGAUUGGCCAGGGCAGCAACAGUUCGUAGUGGAUCACGAUAUUCGAAGGUGGCCAGGGAACGAUGCCUGGAAACAUCACACAGCUAUCUCAUUAACGAACAAUGAUGACAACUUUACUUUUCCUUGCAGUGUGCUCGAUUGUCCAUUAGUUCACACCCUUGUGUUGAAGCGUGGAAAAUCUGUUCUUAAAAUUCCGAAUGAUUUCUUUCAAGGCAUGAAGGAGGCAAGAGUUCUAGAUUUGAAAGGCAUGUCUUUGGAGCUCCCAUCAUCCAUUUGGGCGUUGGAUAAUCUUCGGAUGUUAAGUAUAAACUAUUGUCAGUUCUUGGGAGACCUCUCUAGAAUUCAAAAUCUAAAGAAUCACCUUGAGAUACUUAGCAUUGUGAAUUCAGAUGGGCUACGCACGUUGCCACGAGAUAUUGAAGAAUUGACCCUUUUGCGGUCCUUGGAUCUAAGAAAUUGUGAAUACCUAAGAGUGAUUCCAAAGGGUGUGAUAUCCAAAUUGAUCAAUCUGGAAGAGUUGUAUGUGACAAAGGAAUUUAAAGGGUGGGAUACCACUGUUGGUGGGGGAAUGAGCAAUGCAAGCAUAAAUGAACUGAAUUCAUUGACUCAAUUAAGUGUUUUACAUGUUGCUAUGUCAACAGAAAGUUUCAAGAUUAUGGUUUUAGAAUGCCACGAUUUAUUUGAGAAAUUGAUAAAUUUUACUAUUAAUAUAAAUAGUC